AUGCGUUUGUUGCAGUUCCGGAUACCAAAUGGAUAUGUGACAUUUCGGCGGACAACGGUAGUAGUCGGUUUUGGUUUGGGUGUUGGAGUUGCAGUGGUUAGCUACUUUAUCGUGAAAAGAUUAUGGAAAAAUCGGCAAAGAAAAGAAUCUGAAGAAUAUGACGAUGCUUUCGAAAAAGUACCGUGUGGGCUUGAAUUUCCUCGAAACGAAAAUUUUGCGAUGACACGAGAUAACAGGUCACAUUAUACACCUUCAGUCUCAUCAUAUCGAAGCUCCUUAAGAAAUGCACCAGCUAGUGAAUCAGACUUAAUAUUCAGUUUACAGUUGGUCCAAGAAGUGAUACAACGAAUGGAAAAAGCUGUUAGUAGUUUAGAUAUGGUAAAAAAUCGUUCAGAUAAGGAUUUAAAGCGAUUUGACUUGCUUUCUUCAGUAUUAGAUAGAUUACGUGUUCUUGAGACAGAUGUUCUGAGGAUAGUGCGAGAAGGUGGCUAUAAAAAAGAAAUUUCAACUAACGAGGAUACGUUUUGGAGCACAAGUGGAUCACAGCAUACUGCCACUUUAUCUGUUCUCUCCGACGACUCGUUUUUAUCAGCUCUCGAAGAGUUUCCUGUAAACAUUGAUGAUACUGACGUCCUGAUGCGUGAACCUUUGAGUUUGAGUAAAGAUUCAUUACAUUUUUAUCAAGAAGGUCUAAAUGCUGCUAAAACUGGGGAUGUCAGUUGUAGGAAAAUUAGAGUUGAAUUUUGUUGCUGUGAAGACGAAAUUGAUUUUAAAGCCAAAGUUUGGUGCAUAAGGCAGGCAUUUAAUAUAAUAUUAUCAAAUGAACACAAUCGAGUUUGGUUGGCGCAAGCAGGGCGUCAGUUGAUUGCUGAUCUAUUACGACAUACUCCGAAAGAUCCCAGUAGUUUUUAUUUAGCUUAUGAUGCCAUGAUCGCAUACUUAAGUGAAAAUCACCAUUCGGAAACCAUUGAUAUGGAGCUAAAGCAGAGAGGUGUGCGUGAAGUAGGAUUUUGGGACGUUGUCCUAGACUACAUUUUAAUUGAUGCUUUUGAGGAUUUAUCGCGAGCUCCGGGCGCUAUUUUAGCUGUCACAAAGAACAUGUUUUUAAGUCAGUCGAUGAAAGAAUCUGCAGUGGUAACCAUGAUUUGGUCGGUGCUGGAAGGAAAACGUGCAAGACUUACGGUAUCUGAUGGAUUUAUCUCGCACUUUUACGAUAUUUCGGAAGCAGCUUCUCCUACUAUUGUUCUAGGUUUUUUGGGAACUGAUGAGCACUUACGUGAUUUGUGCCAUUAUUUCAAAGAACAAAUAUGCUCCUUCAUAGUUGAUAUAUUUAAUUUGAGAAAGGUGCGUUAUACUUGUUUGAAAGAUCUGGCUGAGGAUAUUCGACUUAUUCUAGAAACACGCCUUGAAAUGAUUCAAACGAGAUUAAGCACCGAAUUAAUACCUCCAUGA